AUGCUUUUGCAUACUAUCCUGACUGCGGGCUGGCUCGCAGCCAGCGCCUAUGCCGGGGUUUCCGCUCGUUCCACGCAAGCAUGCGCAGGAAACACACCACAAACCCGAAACCAGUGGUGUGGUUUCGACAUUCACAUCGACUACUAUGACGAAGCUCCGGACACUGGGGUAGUUCGCGAAUAUUGGUUGGAGCUAGGAAACACCACCGCCGCUCCCGACGGCGUCCCUCGUAAUGUCCUAACCGUCAACGGGACGACUCCAGGACCUACUCUAUACGCCGAUUGGGGUGACUGGGUCCGAGUUCAUGUAUACAAUGGUCUUGAAAACAAUGGAACCAGCAUCCAUUGGCACGGUGUCCGCCAGAACCACACCAACCCUCAAGACGGCACAAACUCCAUUACCCAAUGUCCCACGCCCCCCGGAGGAUCCGUCACGUACGAAUGGCGCGCCACGCAGUACGGCACAACAUACUACCACUCCCACUUUGCUCUGCAAGCAUGGGAGGGCGUCUAUGGUGGUAUUGUGAUCAACGGACCUGCCAGCUCGAAUUACGACGUCGACGCUGGCGUGCUUUAUCUCAUGGACUGGUCGCACCGCACGGCCGACCAGAUGUAUUCCACUGCUGAAACGGACGGCGAGCCAGAGAUGACCACGGGUCUGAUAAAUGGAACGAACAUCUGGGUUAAGGAGAACAACGAAACGGUUGGUUCGCGCUUCCUCAUGAAUGUGACUGCUGGCCAGUCUUACCGUCUUCGACUUAUCAAUGGUGGAAUGAGCAACUUAUUCCGAUUCAUGAUCGAUGAUCAUACGUUGACGGUCAUUGCUGCGGACUUUGUCCCCAUCGAGCCUUACAAUACAACUUCGCUUAAUAUCGGUGUUGGACAACGGUACGAUGUGAUCGUCACGGCAAACCAAGCCCACGCUGGGUCUGACUUCUGGAUGCGUGCUAUCCCCCAGGAGUCCUGUGCCGAGAUUGAAAACACCGACAUCAAAGGAAUCUUCCAUUAUGAGCAGCCUGACACUGCUGUAGCCACUCCCACAACAACGGCAUACAACUAUACCGACAGCUGCUACGACGAGCCGUUGAGUAGCUUGGUGCCGGUGGUUGCUAUCGACGCGUCUGGUGUCGGCUACAAAAGCCAUAACGAGGCAAACGUCAUUAUGAACAGUGCAGGCUUGUACAAGUGGUACAUGGGCCCGACCACGUUCAAGGCAGAAUGGGACAACCCGACUUUGCUCCAGAUAGCUAACGGCAACACUUCAUGGACUAACACAUCGCACGUCGUUGAAGUUGAAGGGAACGGCAAGUGGGUGAUUGUUGACAUUGAAAUGGAAAUCAAUGUUCCUCAUCCUAUUCAUCUCCACGGCCAUGACUUCUUCAUCCUCGCCCAAGGCAAGGGAAGUUACACGUCGAACACGACUCUGAACACCUACAACCCACCCCGUCGGGACACGGCCAUGCUCCCUGCCCUCGGAUAUCUGGUCAUCGCAUUUAAGACCGACAACCCUGGCGCGUGGCUUCUGCAUUGCCAUAUUGGAUGGCACCAAUCGGAGGGCUUCGCCAUGCAGUUCGUGGAGAGCAUGUCUCAGCUCGAGCCUAUGAUCGAUGCUUCCGCACUGGAGAAAAACUGUGCUGCCUGGGAUAAAUAUGCUGCUGCUAACCGCAUUGAGGAGGAUGAUUCUGGUAUCUAA